AUGUCUGGCUUCGAAGUUGCUGGACUGGUUCUCGGGAUCAUACCGCUGGCUAUAUCUGCACUUGAGCACUACAAAGCGGGACGAGGCGUUGUGGCGACAUUUGUCAAGUUCCAUGGACAGUUGGACACACUUAUAUACAGGCUUAAGCUGCAACGAACGUUUUUUUAUCUAAAUAUUCUCGACUUACUCCGAAAUGCUGGCGUUAGCGAAGUGGUCAACAAAACAGACAUAGGCGAAGAAGAAUGCAUCACCAUUCUCCAGAAUGCGAAGACCGCAGAAGAAAUCAGAGAUUACAUAGCGUCCGAACACCUGUAUGAUACCUUUGAUGAAAUAUUGAGAAGAUACGAAACAUGUUUAAAAGCAAUCGUUGCAAAAGAUGACUUGAAAGCGGUCCUUGAGAAAAAUCCCGUAGGAGCCUCUGGUUUUGCAUUUAGAGAGCGACUGAGUUUUACCAUGGAGAAAGGGCGUCUCAAACAGCUCGUGGAGGAGCUGAGUGAAGAUCGGCUUUCCCUGAGGGAGAUGGUCGAUAGCCUGAAGACGCAGCAAGUAUACACAGCGCGAAAUCCGUCUGAUGAUGCGCAAAAACUAGCAAGCAUGCUUUCAAGGGUCCAGCGACAAGCAAUGCCACUGUUCGAAGCCAUGCGUAAAGGAUGUAAUUGUGGCUGUGAAAAGAAGCACAAGGUCUUCAUGAGACUGGAUAGCAGGGUUCCCCUACAAAAGAGCAAACAAAGAAAACUGAGAGAGCAGACUGAAUUCAGUCUCAUCUUUGACCAUCAUGGAUAUCUCCAAGAAACUCAUGUCAAUAUUCACGAAGAUGAUCUCAACGAAGACUACGACAUCAAAACCACCUCCAGAGUUGUGUUUGUCCAAGAAGCUACGGAGCAGCACAGUGAAAGAAUAGUGACCUUAAUUUGCCAGCAUGUUUCUGAAGCACAAGCGGCGGGUCAUAUUCUGAAACUGAGGCUAAACAAUGAACAUCUUUUCCUUGUUGACGGUCCGUCUGAGAAUAGGCGGAAUUUCACAGCUCCGAUAACACUAGCGGAUAUCCUCAAGGCUGGAUAUCAAGAUGAUGACGCCAAGAUGUUCCCAAAGGAACAGACACUGUUGGCUCUCAAGGUCGCAUCAUCAAUUCUACAACUACAACAGACGUGGUGGUUGGGGCUACCGUUCAACAGCAACAAGAUCAAGAUAUUGAGUCCCCAAGAGACGUCAAUCAUCACUGCGGGUAGUUUCCCUUUCAUUGAACAACUUAUGGGCGAGAUCCCACCGCCGCCAUAUGUAAAAACGAUUCAGAGCGACGCAUGCAUCGGUCCAGAUCCCAAAACAGCUUUGACAGAGCUGGCAAUCUUAUUGCUGGAGAUCUGGCAUCACAGGCCGCUUGAGACAUGGUGUCAAAAGUCGGGUAAAGAGAAUCCAACGUCGCCACAAGGACGUAUGAUGGUAGCCAUUGAGUGGCUACAGGCCACAUCAAGACGACUGCUGCCGUAUCAAAGCCAGGUUAUUGAACAAUGUCUGCAAGUAUGUGCUGGAUCUCUGCGAUUCUGGCAUGAAAAGGAAUUUUUGAAGAUGUAUUGUGAGAAUAUCAUCAAGCCUUUACAGGAGAUUCUUGGUGCAUGGGAUACGCCCGGGAGAACUUAUAGCUAG